UACCAUCGUUCAAGUUUAAAGGGAACCUUUUUGUGGUUGCAACAAAGACGCAAGUGAGGGUCCGUAAAAGGACGUUUUCAAAUGAUCAUGUUUAGAUUCAUAUCGCAGGCUUUCACUGCGGCUCAAAAGUCAUCAGUGAAUAUAUCUGUGUCGCGUAUUUUUCCAACAGAUUAUGAAACGUCGACGGUUUCAAUGUUACGGAUGUCCAGUGUCUGUACCGCAAAAUACUUCAGGACAAGUGCAGCUCGAGUAUGUGAACACACACAGAAGUCCAAUAACGCAGUAAUAGUGCCAGAAUCCACUGAAACCCAAACAGCGCAUAAACAACAAAACCAAGAUUCCAGUGAAGUCAACAAACUUAACGAGCCAUAUCACGGAGACAAUAUUAAGAAAGGAAAGGAAGGGGCACCAGUUUUAGCCAAGAGUGGGAAGGAGAGUCUACUUGAUCUUCUCGGAGCCAUGAAGGUGGACGUCACCAGCAAAAGAAGGCUAAAAAGUGUCAACGUUAAGCAGAACCAGCCUAAGUCAACGCCGGUUGCUAUGGAGAGUACCAUUAGCAUGUUUCAGAAGGCUUCAGAGGAGGCUUCAUCUGAGACUCGUACACUGGAUCCAGCACUGCUUGCAGCCGCUUCCGCUGCUGCUUCCACUCUUCCUAACCGGAUCCGGGCAGAGUCCGAGCUGCUGAAGCAGCUGAGGCGGCACGAGGCCAUCACUGAAGCUCACAAGAAGGGUGACGUCAACAACCUGGGAGUGAUUAUAUCUGACAUGAAGGUGGGAAAAUACUACAACCGACAGAACGCUCGACCAGCCAAUCAGAUCAGGUUUGACGACGACGGGCGGGGCUACACACAAGAUCGAGGAAUCACUGCAGAGCUGGACGGCGUUCGCAAAAAGAAGCACUUGUUUACAGGAAGAAGACUCAACAUUUUCUCUACCACGCCUGAUGAAGACAGAGUGGAAGCAACACUUGCUCGACCGACCCUGUGGGACGUGGACUUUGCUAACCAGCUGACUUCUUCUGCCAACCAAAUGCCUCGAAAUGCCUUUGAGGAAAUGAUCCAGUGGACCAAAGAGGGCAAACUGUGGCAGUACCCGAUCGACAAUGAAGCAGGUCUUGAGGAGGAGGCCAGCGUCCCUUUCCAUGAGCACGUCUUCCUGGAGAAGCACCUGGAGGAGGGCUUCCCCAAGCAGGGCCCAAUACGGCACUUCAUGGAGCUUGUGGUGACCGGUUUGUCCAGAAACCCCUAUCUGACCGUCCAGCAGAAGAAGGAGCACAUUUCCUGGUUCAGAGACUACUUUAAUCAAAAACAGGAUGUCCUCAACGAGGCUGAGGUUUACCUAAAUUAAAUUUGGACCAGAAACUCAAAUGAUGUAUAAGCUCUUAAUUAAUAAAGUGGAAAUGCGGGUGGCAAAGCAAUUGUACAGUCAAAAGUUUUAGUCCACAAUCAUUUAUUUUUGUUGGAAAAUUCACCUUACUAAAAGAGGUAGAACUAAUAUUUGUGGAAGGUAACUGAAAGAGCACCGCAGAGGAAAGACUGGCAACUAAAUUCAGUAUGA